CCGACCCACUGAGGAGGACCUCUGAUUGAUCCGAGGGCUUUCUCCGCUCGGGGUUGUGGCCGAACGGCUCCCCGCAUGCUUUCUCUCCGCUCGUCAGUCGUCACUCCUUCUCCCUCCUUCCAACUGCCAACUCUCAACUUCCAACUCUCCACUCUCUUCUUCACUCUCAAUCUCAAUCCCAAUCUCAACCAACCACUCCAAUGUCAAAUCCUUCCUCCUGAACAGUGAACAGUCCCAAUUCUGCUAUAUACACAACCAGCAUGGUCUCCCUCCGCAUCCCCCCCUCCGCCGCGGGCCGCGCCCGCAACCUGCUGCGCACCGUGCAAUACACCCACCCCCCAUCGUGUCCCUGCCACGCCAACCCCAACCACCAUCACCACCACCGCUCGCCCACCCUCGCCGACCAUGUCCGCCGCCAUAUGGGCGCCCCCGACCCGUCGCGCCAGAAGGAGUACGCCUUCGAGAUGGCCGCCUCCAGCAUCCGCUUCGGCCCCGGGGCCACCAAGGAGGUCGGCAUGGACUUCGCCAACAUGAAGGCCAAGCGCGUGUGCAUUGUGACGGAUCAGAACGUGUCCAAGCUGGACGCCAUGAAGCAGGCGGUGGAGGGGUUGACCCGGGAGGGCAUCGAGUUCACCGUCUUCGACAAGGUCCGCGUGGAGCCGAAGGACAGCUCCGUGAAAGAGGCCAUCGCCUUCGCGAAACCCUAUAACCCUGACGCCUUCCUCGCCGUUGGCGGCGGGUCGGUCAUCGACACCGCCAAACUGAUGAACCUGUACACGGUCUACCCGGACGCCGACUUCCUCGACUUCGUCAACGCCCCACUGGGCAAAGGCCUCCCGGUCGACCGGGCACUCAAGCCGCUAGUCGCAGUACCAACCACAGCGGGAACCGGAUCCGAAACCACCGGCACGGCCAUCUUCGACCUGGUGUCGAAGAAAGCCAAGACGGGCAUCGCGCACCGCAAUCUCAAGCCCACGCUCGGAAUCUGCGACCCGAUCAACACGCGCACCAUGCCGUCCGCGGUGCACGCCGCCUCGGGCCUGGACGUGCUGUGCCACUCACUCGAGUCGUGGACCGCCAUCCCCUACAACGAGCGGACGCCGCGGCCGACCAACCCGAUCAACCGCCCCGCAUACCAGGGCGCGAACCCCAUCUCGGACAUUUUCUCGCUCCAGGCCCUCCGCAGCACCGUCAAGUAUCUUCCCCGCGCAGUGCGAGACCCGGACGACUUCGAAGCGCAGUCGCAGAUGCUGCUCGCCGCCACUCUCGCGGGCGUCGGAUUCGGCAACGCGGGCGUGCAUCUCUGCCACGGCAUGAGCUAUCCGAUCUCCAGCCAGAACCCGGGCUACCAACACGCAGGCUACGAGGUCGACUACCCGAUCAUUCCGCACGGGGUGUCGGUGGCCGUGACCGCUCCCGCGGUGUUCCGGUUCACGGCGGCGUCCAACCCCGACCGACACUUGGCGGCGGCGGAGGCGUUCGGGGUGGAUAUCUCGACGGUGAAGCGCGAGAGCGCGGGCGAGGUGCUGGGCGAGGCAUUGGCGAACUUUCUGAUGGAGCUGGGAGGGCAGCCACGGGGACUGAAGGACCUCGGGUUCCAGGCGGGCGAUAUUGAGUCGUUGGUCGAGGGGACGAUUCCGCAGAAGCGCGUGCUGGCGCUUGCGCCGACGCUGAGCGAUGAGCUGGAGGCGGAGCGUGCGGAGUUGCGGGGGCUGUUGGAGCAGUCGUUGGAGUAUUAGACUGCCUAGAUUACAAUGACGGAGUGCGUCU